AUGCUUAGUAGGAUCAGAUUGAGGAAGACUAACGAUGAGAGGGAAAGGAAAUCUAAGGAGAGUGAGAAAGGAGGGUAUGUAUACAGGAAAAAUAUCAAUGAUAAGCACUCUAUUGUUUUCUUUUUCCUAGGAAUGGCAAUGAACCUAAACCUAGAUACCAGUCUCUUGACGGAGAGAAUUUUUGAAGUUGAAAACUUUACAAAUAUUACCAUUUUCCUCUAUUUCAGUGUCGUUGUUAUCGUAUGUAUUCUCUAUAUGUUUUCAAUAAAGCCACAAUUCUGGCAACUUGUGGCCGGUGCGUGGGUGUUAGCUGCUUCUCGUACUUGUCAGGUUGUUUUGUCUAUGUUUGCCCAUGGAAAGUCUGGUCGAAAUUUGUUUUUGUUGUUCUACUCAAUAAAUGGCACAUAUGUUAUCUCCUUAUAUUUUUUAAAUGAAUCGUAUCUCCACUUCAACAACGGUGGUGUUUUCUUCUCAAUUUUGGCCUCUUUGUUGCAAAUUAUCUGUGGUGUUGUCAUCGGAGAUGAUACCUCUCGUCAAGUGCGCCGGACAUUAAUCAUAUGUCAGACUGCAUAUCUAUUAGAAACACUAAUCGCUUCAGUAUGGAUUACAAUCGUGUUCAUAGAACAUCAUUCAGAUGAAGAAGAAUUAAAAAAACAAGCUAAAAUACAAGAAGGAGGUCAGAAAUACGAACAGGCAAUGAAAAAGUUUAAAUAUAUCCCGUAUUACAUUUCUAAGUUUUUUGUUUCGUUUUUCGCAUGCAUUUUUCGUGUUAUUUUUCACCCUGUGUUGAUCCCCUAUAUGAUGGAUGUUUCAAACGUUAAUAAACUUUUGGCUUCUAUUGUAUUUACAUUUUCUGAGUUUUUAGGUAGAUUGGUUACAUUCCAAGUUGAUGAAUACAUUGACCCCUCUAAAAAAUCUCAGAGCAUGUCGGAUGAUUUAUUUUUAUUUAGACAGGACCUACAUCUGUAUUUGCUUUUUUGCUACCAAUGUUUUGUUUGUACAUUAGCUGUUUAUUCCUCAUGGUUCCAAAAAUAUGGAAUUAGCAGGAACCCCUACUUUGUCACUUUUAUAACCAUGACCUCAGGACUAGUGACUGGUUAUAACAAUAACAGAGCUGCAAGUGGUUCGCAAGCUGUUUUACAAUACUAUAGUAAAUCGAAAGAUAAUUCAAAUACUAAACCCAAGGAACCCUCUAGCGAUUCUAAUAAAAUUACACCAGAUAUUGCAUCCGAUACAUCCAAUGUUAACGACAUCAUUACACUGCUAAGCUACUCAUCCUUUUUAGUGGCUUGUUUGAUUUCAUAUUAUAUCCAACAUGCAAUCAUCAGACGUAAAGAGACUCUCGAAUUCAUACUCCUUUCACACAGAAAGUAUAUGGAUAAAGAGUCAGUUAGAAUAUUAGCAACAAAACUAAAUUUAUAA